CCAAUUAGUUGCUUGUGUGUAAUGGAAGGGUGGAUGCAAAUGGUUCGAAGCUUAUCCACUUUCCCUCCCACACCACCAAAAUCCAAAGUAGCAACCCAAAACUCUCACACUUCAACAUACUAGCUACCUCUCAUUCAAAACAUGGCUGAAGCUGUCAUGGGCUUUACCAUUAUCAAACCACAUAUCCAUAGCUUUAUUUAUACAACAAAAUUGGGAGCAAAUCCAUGUUCAAGAUUGCCUAGACAGUGUUCAAGUACUGGACUUUUUAAUGGGUGGCAGCAGCUUGAGGGCAGGAAGAGCAAAAGAUCCUCUAUAUGUAAAGCAAAUGCUCUCCCUGAUUGGCCUCUGAUGGCAGUUCUGGUUGAACAUAUGGAUGGCCAAAGAGACCUUAUAACCCACAAAUUUGUUUGGCAUCUUAGUGACCAAGCCAUAAAGAACGUCUAUGCUUUUUACACCAUUUUCACUUGUUGGGGAUGCUUGUUCUUUAGUGCCAUGAAGGAUCCUUUCUAUGAUUCGGAGCAAUAUAGGGGGGAUGGAGGAGAUGGUAGUGGAAAUUGCUUCUAUGAGAAGCAAGAUGAUAUUGAAGAAUCUUCAAGAGCUGAGUUGUGGCGUGAGGAGCUGAUUGAGGAGAUUGAGCAGAAGGUCGGAGGUCUGCGAGAGUUGGAGGAAGCUGGCAAGAAGGAGGAGCUUAUCAAGUGACUUUCUGUGUUUAUGCAUUUACUUCCAACUCAUUGACCCUAGCAGACAGUAUUGUAUAUAAUUUUCAACCUUUGAUUCCUUAUAUGUCACUGAUAAAAGCUACCAUAUUAAUUAUCUAA